AUGCUUGAAAUCCUCGACACGGCCGGUACCGAGCAGUUCACCGCUAUGCGCGACUUGUACAUGAAGAACGGCCAGGGCUUCGUCCUUGUAUUCUCCAUCAUUGCCAUCUCCACAUUCAACGACCUGCCCGACCUGCGCGAGCAGAUCCUGCGUGUGAAGGACAUGGACUCCGUGCCCAUGGUGCUGGUCGGCAACAAGUGCGAUUUGCAGGACCAGAGGGUGAUCUCCACCGACCAGGGCCAGCAGCUGGCCGCCAAGUUCGGCAACUGCUCCUUCCUCGAGUCGUCCGCCAAGACGAAGACCAACGUGAGCGAAAUCUUCUACGAUCUCAUCAGACAGAUCAACAGGAACAAGAAGCCCGCGGCGGAAAGAAGAAGAAGUGCCUUCUGUUCUAAAGCAGCUCCAGGCCUGCACGGAACGCUUCAUCUAUUCCACUCUUCCCCCACCUACUCCCGUUUCCCCCCGAUUCAUCCCCGGACCCGCCCACGACGACGACAACGACAUCAACAUCAACCCACCUCUCUCUCACACGCUUUUUGGUCUUCUUCCUCGUCUUCAGUUUGUUUUGACGUGGCGCCUGUGCAACUAGUAUAG